AAAUUCGCCAAAAGCUGGGGAGAGGCUUUGGCAAUGGGCAGGAAACACUUUUACGACUACCCUUUCAGCGUAUGCUUGUGGUAUCCUGGAGGCAACAUCAAAUCCACAUACUUAGCGCAUGCAAUAGCCGUCUUCUUUUUGCAUCUGAUCCCUGCUUACCUGGUGGAUUUUCUCAUGUACCUAACCAACAACAAACCCUUUUUAGUUCAGACUCAGAAGAGGAUCCAAAAUGGCCUGAGCGUACUCCAAUACUACACGACCCGGCCCUGGAACUUCAGCAAUGAGAAGCUCCAUCAGGUGUCUGAGGGUUUGAGUGAUAGAGACAGGGCCAUUUUCUAUUUGGAUGAGGGCCAGAUUAUCAACGACGACUACAUGAAGAGUUACAUUUUGGGGGCCCGAAAAUACUGCGUCCACGAGGAGCCCGAAACCAUUCCGUAUGCCAGAAAAGUGCUUAAAAGGCUCUACUAUCUAGACGUCCUGACAAACAUGCUUCUCAUCUGCUUAUUGGCGUGGGGUUUUUACCUGUUGGUUGUCAACUUCGCCUCGGGCCUUAAUUUGGCUGGAACGAUCCCAAAUAAGCCUCUCAAAGAUCUCAAUCUGAAAGCAGAGGCCAGUUUUGCCAAUACGUAGUUAAUUUUAUCUGUUAUUUUUGUAUUUUUGCAUUAAAUAAUGUUGUAUAUACUUU